AUGGAAAGAAUUUCGAUAAACGAAACAAAGAAAGGCUGUGGAAACUGUGAAACUAAAGCUUGCAGGAAAUGCUUAACUCAUCUUUGUAAUGAUUGGAAGGAUACUCCUUACUAUUGUUAUAGUAAUCAAGGAGCAAAUGGUGUUAGUGAAUGUAGCGAUCCUGACUGCUACAUUUUGAAGUUGAGGAAUAAAAAAGAUAAUAAAAAUGAAUAUUAUCAAAAUUGUGGAAAAUGUCCAAAAACACGUUCAUCGUUAAGUAGCACAUUAGACGAACUACUUGGGGAAAGGUUAAAAGAAAAUCACAUUGAUGACUUCCAAUGUGCGGACUGCAAUAACGGGAUAUUAUGCAACACAGAAAAGUUUAUAGAGGAAAAAUUGUUUUGUUUGGAGAGUUCUCUUAACGAUUCGAUGUUUGUCAAGGGGGCGAGUGUAUGCGAAGAGCAAUGUUUUGUAUCAAGAGAUAAUUCAACAGGAUAUGGUAGUUGUUUAAAUUAA